CACCUUGCAAAGGUCAAAUUUAUCUUCCCCUCGACUUGACAAUUCGCAAUUUCGUGAGUUGUCGGUGGCUUUACCAAAUUAUUUCAUCAAAUCUACUUUAGAUUUUUUCCGAACCUUCACAUCUUACUCAAUCAAGAUGCCCAUCAAGUCAAUCAAGGCCCGUCAAAUUUUUGACUCUCGUGGUAACCCCACUGUGGAGGUUGAUUUGGUAACAGAACUAGGUCUGUUCCGUGCAGCUGUACCUUCUGGUGCUUCUACCGGAGUCCAUGAAGCCCUGGAACUGAGAGACAAUGUCAAGGGUGAAUACCAUGGCAAGGGCGUGCUUACUGCCAUCAAGCACAUUAAUGACACUAUUGCCCCUGAAUUACUCAAGGCUAACAUUGAUGUCACUGAGCAGAGAGAUAUUGAUCAGCUGAUGAUCAAACUUGACGGUACUGAGAACAAGUCCAAGUUUGGUGCCAAUGCCAUCCUCGGAGUUUCCUUGGCUGUUGCCAAGGCUGGUGCUGCCAAGAAGGGAGUUCCCCUGUACAAGCACUUGGCUGAUUUGGCUGGCAACAAUGACAUUGUCCUGCCUGUGCCUGCUUUCAAUGUCAUCAAUGGAGGUUCUCAUGCUGGCAACAAGCUGGCUAUGCAGGAGUUCAUGAUCCUGCCCACUGGUGCUGCCACCUUCAGCGAAGCUAUGCGUAUGGGCUCUGAGGUGUACCACCACCUGAAGAAAAUCAUCAAGGAGAAGUUUGGCCUUGACUCCACCGCUGUUGGUGAUGAGGGUGGCUUUGCCCCUAACAUCCAGAACAACAAGGAUGCUUUGUACCUGAUCCAAGAUGCUAUCCAGCAGGCUGGAUACACUGGCAAGAUUGAAAUUGGUAUGGAUGUAGCUGCAUCUGAGUUCUUCAAGAACGGAACUUAUGACCUUGACUUCAAGAACCCCAAGUCCAACCCCGCCGACUACUUGCCGUCGGACAAGCUGGCCGAUCUCUACCUGGACUUCAUCAAGGACUUCCCCAUGGUCUCCAUUGAGGACCCCUUCGACCAGGAUGACUGGGCCGCGUGGGCGAACUUGACCUCGCGCACGCCUAUCCAAAUUGUGGGCGAUGACCUCACGGUAACCAACCCCAAGCGCAUUGCCACAGCUGUGGAGAAGAAGGCUUGCAACUGCCUGCUGUUGAAGGUCAACCAAAUUGGAAGUGUCACCGAGUCCAUCGACGCUCACUUGCUGGCCAAGAAGAACGGUUGGGGUACCAUGGUCUCCCACAGGUCCGGUGAGACGGAGGACACGUUCAUCGCCGACCUGGUGGUGGGGCUGUCGACCGGGCAGAUCAAGACGGGCGCGCCGUGCCGCUCCGAGCGCCUGGCCAAGUACAACCAGAUCCUCCGCAUCGAGGAGGAGCUCGGCGCCGCCGCCAAGUACGCCGGCAAGAACUUCCGCAGACCCGUCUAAUUCCACAUCAAAUUACUACGAAAGCAUUUUCUAUUAUUAGAAUCUAUUGUUUGUAAACGUAUCCUAAUUGGACUUAGUUCAAUGGUAGUGAUAUUUAUGUAUUUGCGAACACUUUAAUAUCUGAUUGCAUAAUAUUCAGAUAAAGCUUGUUUGUUCAGUGUGUGUGAAGCUAAGCACAAUUAUGACGUGUUUAAAAUAAGGAUAUCGCUAUAUUUUAAUUUAUUAUUAAGAAAAAUA